GUAUUAACAUGUGACUGAAAAUUGCCUAUGGUGAAUCACUGUUGUGAUAUUUAAUUGAAUAACCAAAAGGCCAGGGAGAGCACAGUUUCUGGAAAUGAUGGAGAAACCUUCAGGCAGUCCAUAUAGCAGGUUUCCUGCUCUACAUAUGUAUAAAUAAGGAGCUUUGGUUUUAUGCAAAUAAUUUCCCCCAAUGCCUCUGGUUCCCAUCUUGCUUCUGUGGCUGGUAAAAGAAAAGGGAGGAAUGAGAAAAGGUGUGUCACCUUACAAUCCCAUCUUUCUUCCAGUCCCUGGCCUGCUUGUCUUCUGGAAGCAGAACAGAGAAAACUGAUGUUGUGGAAAGAAAGGCUGAGAGACAUACAGUCAGCUUACUAAAUUUGCAUUAUCAGCUCCCUGAACAGAAGACCUAUGGGGAAGAGCCAAUGCUCCUGAAUCCCACACCAACCAACAUUUUGUUUUUUCAACUUAGAAGAACAAAGUCCACAAAAAAUCUUCAGGUUAGCGAUUUCUGUAGAAAUUUUACGAAAACACACCCUGCAGGAGCUGAUUUUAUGCAUCAGAAUUCGGAGAAUGCCACAGUCUGGAAAAGUCUGCGGCUUCUAGUUUGUUCCUGAGAAUCGUGCUGUGUAGACUCUGCUUUCCAGUUGCUGUCUCUUGAGGCUAAGAUUCCUGCCAAGAUGCUCCACUUGCAGGGUCCACAGAUGCUGCAGCUGUUGGAGAAGUCCUUGCUGAAGCACCUCCCUGAGUCCUUAAAGGUGUAUGGAACUGUCUUCCACAUAAACCAGGGGAACCCAUUCAAGCUUAAGGCCCUGGUGGACAAAUGGCCUGAUUUUAAUACUCUGGUUAUUCGUCCUGAGGAACAGGAAAUGACAAAUGACCUUGAUCACUACACUAAUACUUACCAGAUCUAUUCCAAGGAUCCCAAGAACUGUCAGGAAUUCCUUAGCUCACCGGAAGUCAUCAACUGGAAGCAACACUUGCAGAUUCAAAGCUUACAGGCCAGCCUGGAUAAGGUGAUAAAAAACCUUGUAGCCAUUCAUUCGGGCCAAGUCAAGCACACACAAUGCUUUCUCUACAUGGUACAUGACACAGCAAAGAAACUGGCUCCUUCGCUGCUGGAUGGAAAGAACGCAUCUCCCGAUGGUGACAAAUCCAAGUCCCUCGACCAACAGAUGUUUAAACACUCAACCCUGGAUAUUACCCAUGCUGCCUUGGUGAAUAAAUUCUGGUAUUUUGGUGGCAAUGAAAGAAGUCAGAGAUUCAUUGAGCGCUGCAUCCGGACCUUCCCCAGCUUCUGUCUGCUGGGGCCUGAGGGGACCCCUGUGAGCUGGACCAUGAUGGACCAGACUGGAGAGCUGCGAAUAGGAGCUACUGUGCCUGAGUACCGAGGUCAAAGUCUCCUUUAUCACAUCGCCAGAUGCCAGAUCCAGACUCUGGGAAAACUUGGCUUCCCCAUGUAUGCUCAUGUGGACAAGGCCAACCACAUCACACAACGAGUGACCCUCAGGCUGGGUAAUAUCCCCAUGCCCUGUGACUGGAACCAGUGGAACUAUGUGCCUCUGUGAAAGUGGCCCUGGACAUAAGAUAGUAAUGAGUGGCUUUGCAUGUGGCUGGAGAAGAGGAUGGGUAAAUGGGUAAUGGAGUGGACUGUGAGUUCGAAGAAAUGGAGAUGAGUGAUGAACAGCAGAACCGGGGUCCCUGCCCUCAAAUGCCUCAUGAACUUUGCUUUGCUUCCUCAGCAUGAAAUUGAACCAGUACCCUACUCCCAGGCUGACUCAGCUCCCACAUUCUCAGGGUCCCUGCAGGCGUUUCUAUGUUGCUCUCCUAACUCAUGGACCCUUGUGCAUUUGCCAGGAAGUGGGUUCUAUGAUUUCCCCCUCUGGCUUCCUAUAGCUUUUCUUUUAUUGGCUGGAGAAUAGCCUGUUUCCUGAACAGGUCUUUUGAAAAAUCAUUCUUUUCCAGACUUCCUAGGCCUUGAAAUAUAUUACAGACAUGCACAAUAUACACAAAUACAUUACGCAUGAAAUAUAUUACACACAGGCACAAUAUACACAAAGCAAUAAUGAGAAUAAUUAAGAAGACACUCAGAAUAUUUUUGCAACGAGUAUUAAUAUCUUUUGCAAUGAGUUAUCUUUUGCAAUUCAUACCCCAGGAAGGGUAAUCUGACAUUGCUUCUAGAGGCUGAGCUUCCUUAAUCCCCCACCCUCCGUGAUUCUGUCAUAAUAAAGAGAUUCUAAAAACAGAAA